CUUUGUGGAUGACGGCCAGUAUCUGUCUAGAAGAAGAAGAAAGUGAAAGGAGCUCGUGCACCCCUUGAUUCGUUCUGUUGAGUGGAAUAUUUCAAAAUGCUCACAUUUGGGAUGAGCUCGAAGAAACUCCAAGGAGCAUCCGAGCAACGCGAAGUGCGAGAGCCCGCCAAGAAGAUACCUGGACCAGCGCUCGUCUGCGUGUUACUACUUUGGGGAACUGUCCUCAUCGGCUCGUGUGUUUUCUUCUGGGCCAUCCUCUAUCCCGGCGGUCUCCUGACGACGACCCCUCUUACGACAAUGAACAUGUCUCAAAACUAUUUGGUCGUGUCCGACUUGAUGGGGGCGGCGGACGGGGAUGAAGAGCCAGACGUCGUGCCGAGGAGCGGAACGAUACCUCCACCCGAACGUCGCAGUGCCUGUACAACCUCCGACUGUAUGAAACUUGAAUGGCUUCUGAACGCAUCUGUGGACACUUCGAAGGAUCCCUGCAAGGACUUCCACGCUUAUGCUUGCGGCGGAGCGUCAAAAUUUUUCAUUCGUCCCACGACGACAUUUACAGAGUGGUUGUACACUGCCGUGUCCCGAUAUCAGUCCGUACCGCCAACCAGCGCGUCCUACAUGGACUGGGCGAGGAUCAGCACCUCAGAUGCUGUUAAAGAAUCACUCGAGCACUACGACGUGCCCCAAGGAGGACAGAGUGCCGUUCAGAAAGCUGCAGCGUUUUAUAAGGCCUGUCUAGCCAGACGAAAAGACAAGGAAGCUAACACUCGCGUCUUCAGGGCUACCAUUGAAGAACUGGGGACUCACCCAUGGAAGGCGGCGGUGUUCAAGCCUGUGGAGCUAGUGGUAAGGUUAUUGGUGACUGGUUAUAUUCCCGCGAUUUUCGAAAUCGAAAAACUUGACAGACAGAAUCGUGUCAUGCUCAAGAUGGACGUAAGCAAGCUGUUCCUGUUCUGGGUGGAUGAACGUCAUGACCUUUUGAAGGACAACGGCUACCUGGACCACAUUAAGGACGUUAUGGCGAUUUCUGGUGCGCCUGCGAUCGAGAACCUUGAUCGUAUCGCUGCAAACGUUCAAGCAAUCGAAGAGAAAGUCAUCAAGAUACUAGAGAAGAUUAAGCCUUACGGAAAGAAGCUGAGAAAGGUUGCGAUGUCGGACUUUGGAUACCUGGGGAACGACACGGCCGUUCAUCUCACAUGGGUUGCCGCGCUUAGAAAGUACACUAACGGAAAACUACCUGGUAAAGUGAGCCUGCAUUUCCGAAUGGGUACUGGACAGGCAUUCCAUGACCUGCUCAACGAGCUCAGCGAGGAGGAUCUUCGGUCGUACCUAGCUUGGGAGUCAACUCGAGUGUUCGCGCAGAUCGCAGGACUAGUGUCUUAUAGUGACUACGAAGACAAUGACUGGUAUUGCAUGCACGAGACAGCAACCCUCUUGCCUAAACCGAGACUGGUCCCUUACUUCUCAACUUUCAUCAACGAUUCGAGGCUGAACCAAGUACGAUCACUCAUAGACAAUAUUAGGAAGCAACUCAGGCUCUCUUUGCAAAACACAACGUGGCUGGACAAGCAGACAAAAUCAUCAGCUGUCAACAGAAUCGACAAACUUGAGAUCCGGCUGCAACUGGCUCCUGAACUGCAAAACAUGACGCGUUUGGACCGAGUUUACUCAGAUUAUCCAGAUUUCCGCGAGCCGUAUCUUGACAGCUAUAUCAUCUAUUGCAAGGUCUAUACCAGGAAGCUAAUCAAAGCAUCUCUCAACGCAGAUCAUACAGAAGGACUCACGGACAGAAUAUCUAUUCGUAAAUCCUUUCAGAAGAAUAUAGUCUUGAUCCCACCUGGAAACAUCUUAGCACCAGCUUUCGUCUACAAAGGACCACAUGAGUUCAACUAUGGUUGGUUGGGAAGCGUGGUUGCCCGGACAAUGAUGAAAAGUUAUGACGACAAGAAAGACGACGGUCGUGACAAGGCGUUUGCAGAUCGUAUGUCCUGCAUAUUGCGGACAAUGAGAAAAAUGCACGUUAACGAAAGUGAUCGUGACACCCUACGAAACUAUGUAGCGGACGUCAUGGCUAGAAAGUCUAUCUACAGCGCUUACCGCAACGCGAACCCGUCCAGAGUUGGAAUGAAAGCACCGUUUAGCAGAGACCAGCUUUUCUUUCUCGGUACCUGUCUGCCGUACUGCGGCGUCCAGAAGUGGACGUCUGCCACUCAGCAUUCCUCGUUGGACAUGAAAUGCAACUUGCCGCUGAUGAACAGUCAGGAGUUCGCACAGGCGUUCUGGUGCGACGAGGGAUCUCCAAUGAACCCACCAGAGAAAUGCGUGGAAUGGUAGACUGGGGUUAGAUAAAUAUGUAAAUUUUAGCUCGAAAAUUUGUUUCUAAAGGCGUCCCAAGCGUGUGGUCCUUGGUGAAAUCCAAUGACGCGUCUAGGGUACGGGGAAUAAAUGGGCACCACAUCUUUCGA